AUGAGUAAAACAUUCACUUCCCAGCCUUCGCGCCAAACAAAAACUACAGCAGAAAGACCUGUAAACCGUCGGGCACCUCUAAAUCAGCAAGCAGAUACUUCCAGCAGGACCGUUGGUACCACCAGAGCUCGCAGUUUGAAUAUGAAUCAUCAGAUUCAGACCUAUCAUGGUAUGACAGGUCGCAACAGUGGUUUCAAUAAUGCACCCACCACUGGCCAACAUAAUAUUGCCACGGAUACAGCAGGGAGACUACAGAGUCCUCAACGAACACCAACCUAUGCUGGCGGGUACUCAGUGAUUCCUCCUAAUGAAAGGAAACGGCAGCAGAUUAGUCAGAUGGCGCAGAGAGAGACAGAAGAAUACGAACGGCACAGACAGGCAAAUGCUGUCAGACAUGUAAGCCAUGUUGGAACAGUUGGUGGUGGUGACAUUACAGAGGAACAAGUCAGGAAAGAGCAGGAACGUGCCUUAAGGAGACAGAAGUUGGAUAGACUGAAACGUCAAGAAGAGCAGAGAAAUGCUAGGAAGAAAGCAGAAGAUGCUGAAAUUGAGCAGAAGAGGGCUGAGGCAAGAAGAAAGGCUGAACAGAAUGCAAUAAAAAAUGGCAAAGUUCCCUCACCUGAAGAGAUUCGCAG